UUCAGGCCUGGAAUGCUUCGUCGCUUCUCUCCAAUGGCGAAGACCCCGGCGUCGUUGUCGUCCCUGUCGCCGUCGCGCUCCCCCUCCGUUGGCUUGCAUCGGAUGGAUGAGCUGGAGAAGGUGUUUGCCCGCUUCGACUCCGAUUCUGACGGGCGGAUCUCCGCCUCGGAGCUCGCUGCCGUCCUCCGCGCACUGGGCUCCGAUCCCUCUCCGGACGAGAUCCGCGACAUGAUUGCCGAGAUGGACACGGACCGCGAUGGAUUCGUUGACUUCCAGGAGUUCGUCGCCUUCCACCUCAACGCCUCCCGCGACACCGCGGAGGCGGAGCUCAGGGAUGCCUUCCGAAUGUACGAUCUCAACAAUGACGGUCUUAUAUCGGUGGAGGAGCUCCAUCGCGUGCUGAGGAGCCUGGGGGAGAAAUGCUCGAUGACGGACUGCACGCGGAUGAUCCGAUCCAUCGACUCUGACGGCGACGGAAGCGUCAAUUUCGAGGAGUUUAGAAAGAUGAUGGGCGGCGGUGGUCGCUGCGAUGGAGAAGGAAAGCCCAAUGGAGCAUCAGGCCAUCUGUUGCCAUGAGAUUAGAUUUGGAUUUAUGCUUCGUUUUCGGCCUGCCUAGAUCUGGUGAAGGAUGGAUGAAUGUCAAUAAUUUCACUUUUUAUUCCUACUAUAACUCUUGCAUCCCAUGUUUUCGAUCUCUCCUCGUUCUUGCUUGUCUUUUCCUCACAAAAAAGGGGAAGAACCUUCUUUCCCUGUUCUUUGUUUUACGAUUGUUUUAUUGAACCCGCAGAACCCCCUUUUCUAGCCCUUCUUCGCUGAAAGAGCGGAUGGAAACAAUUCUCUUCUUCAACAGUUUCUCAAUUAGUAGUGUUCAUUGUUUCAUUCUUGGUGUCAAUAGGCUACUGUCUGAAAUUUUAGUUUGUUCUAUCGUAAAAGCCAUCAAUUCUAUGUAUAA